GUCUUUUCUACGCCCUUCGGACCACAUUGUGAGCGCGGCACCCCGCAUGGCCGCUUGGCGCCGCUUGGAGCCAUGAGCCAUCGUGCCUGACGCCAUGCCCGAGCGGAGAGAGAAGAAGCGCCAUUCCCUGUCCGAUGCCCUGACCUCCGUGAGGCCGGGUAGCGUGCCGGUGCUGCCUCCCUCCGCCCCGGUGCGGACCACGAGCCGCCGCAGUAGCGCCAGCAGCCGCGGCUCCGCGCCCACGGCCAGCGGCCGCGGGGCCCGGAGCAAGGUGAAGAGCGCGGAAGGCCGCGGUGAAGGCACCGCAGGCUCCUCGCUGCCGCUGGCCGUGCGCCGCCACGUCCUCAGCGCUGCUCGUGCCUACCUGACGGAACGGCGCCGGAAUGCAGCAUCCUCUGCGCAGCCGCGGGAGACAAGGCCGGUGGAGCUGCAGCAAGCAUUGCAGGAGACGUUGGAGGCGUCACGGAGGACGUCGAAGGCCAUGCGUUUCAUCAAGCAUUUGAAGGAGAACUCCAUCGAGCAAAAGCUGUUGGCCAUGCAGCAGCGGGUCAACUGCGAAGACGACACUCCCGGUGGAUCGGAUCAAAUGUUGGAAGAGGCCUGCCACCUUGCAGCACAGUUGCAUGAAUUGUCCAACAAUGAGAGCGUCAACUCCGAGAUCAGCCAGAUCGCUGACUCCAUCUCCAUUUGCACUCAGUUGCUCAGCAAUCUCCACGCCACGGGCCUUUCCCACACCACUUGCCUUGAUGAGAUCGCAGCGGACUUGAGCAGCGUGCAAGAAGGCGGCGUCUCCAAGGCGCUCCUGGAAGAGCUGCAGAGUGACAUUGCAGCCAUGCGCCAAGCAAUCCAAUCCAUUCAGAUUGAUGAUGGCAACGUGUGUCCCAUCGAGCAGCGCCGAGCAGAACCAUCAGUCGACGACCUCGCCGCUUCGAAGCGCGGCGACUUCAGCACGACGACGUCGAUCGACGCCGAGAAGAACGGGCGCGAGGGCGACGCCACCAUGUUCAGUGAGGAGGCGGCCGUUUUGGGUGCACGGAGCGGGUUCAGCGGCCGAGAGCGCCCCCCCCAAGCCCGACAGGGACGGGCCGCGCAUGGAGCGCACACGGACGUGCACCGUCCGGCUGGCGCGGCGAACCGCGCGACGACGGCAGCGGUGGAGUGGCAGGAGCUGCUGUCGGAGAGGGCCACGGAAUGGAUGGCGCAGGCCGAUGCUGACAAUCCGGCUGCCGACCGAGGGUCGGCGAGCGAGAUGCACUGGCCGACCGAGGGAGUGAAGGGCGGCGAGGUGACGGGCGGAUCGCCGGGCGGAUCGCGUGAUCGGAGGGAACGAGAUGACGGAAAUGAAGAGGAAGAAGAUGAAAGAGAUGGAGGAGAUGCAAGAGAUGAAGGAGAUGAAGAUGAUCGAAGUGCGCAGCAUUGCAGUGAAGAUGGAGCAGAUGGUACUGCUGAUCAUCUGGAUCAUGGCCAUCAUGGCUGCUUUGACAGCGCGCAUGGAAGAAGCUCUCAGCUUUCGGAUGAUGCAUUGCAUGGGACCUUUUCCAGCGACGGACGGGAUGGAGAUGGCAGAGAUGGCAGAG